AUGAAACUCUUCCCAUCCACUUCCGCAUUAAUUCUGGCAGCAUCCACUUUCGCACUCCCACAACUCCCAGAUCUCCCCACAGACACGACAAACAUGGUGGGAGGAUUGAAGUGGUAUGAAGCCGUUAUGAAACUUCGCCAUUACAGGGCCGUUCGACGCCACGAGGCCACGUCAGAAGAAGAAGAAAGAGGAGCAGAAGCUUGCAAAGUCGAAUCUACGAAUGAGAGGACUGGACUCCACCAGACGUUUUCGUGCUUAAAGAUUCGUCGAUUCGAUGAGAUUCCGGAGAAUUUGGAGUGUGAGGUGGCGACGAUUCAUCGAGAGAAGGCGUGGAUUUGCUCAUGA